AGAGACUUGACAUGGUUGCUAUUAGCCCCGUGUAUUGGUGAUCUAAGUGUAUCUGAAUGUCCGCAAAUGGAAGAAGUAAUAAGCAAAGAGAAAGCUAUGGCCAGGCUGGGUCAUACGAGUGAGCAGCCCUUUCAAAAUCUAACUAAGCUCGUCUUAGAUGGUUUACCUAAACUGGAGAGCAUCUACUGGGCUCCUCUACCCUUCCCAGUUCUGGAAUAUUUAGAGAUAAGGCAUUGUCCCGAGCUGAGAAGACUUCCAUUCAAUUUUGAGAGCUCUAUAGGAAAUCAAAUUGAAAUGAAAAUCGAGGAGCAAUGGAUAAAAGUGGUUGAAUGGGAGGAUGAAGCUACGAAACAACGUUUCUCCCAUUUCAAUAACAGAGACUUUCCACAGAUGGCCGAAGAUCCGAAGAUGGAUGGUUGGACAUCGGAGUCACAUCCAAUCCAAAACAUAGACCUGGUCGGGACUACAGGAAGUGGAAAAUCUGCCCCCACAAACAACAUCAAAGGAAAGAAGGUGGUCCAAUCGGGAACACACGCAACAACUGUUACUAUGGAAUGCCAGACAUAUGGAGUUGUGACACCAGAUGGCCCCAUAGGCAAUAUGAUUAACACUCCUGGCAAGAGAAAGGUGAAGGAGAUGCUUUUUAAUUUGAAGGAUUUGAAGGAUGAGUCAAGACUUAUUGGGAUCUCAGGGAUGAUUGGUUCAGGGAAAACCAUUCUUGCCAAAGAGCUUGUGCGGGACGAGGAGGUCCGAGGCCAUUUUGGGAACCGAGUUUUGUUUCUGACUGUGUCACAAUCUCCCAACCUUGAGGAGCUGAGAGCCCUUAUACGGGAUUUUCUUACUGGUCAUGAGGCUGGCUUUGGUGCCACUCUUCCGGAAUCCAUUGGUCAUACACGGAAGCUAGUGAUCCUUGAUGAUGUUAGGACAAGGGAAUCUCUAAACCAGCUGAUGUUCAAUAUUCCUGGGACCACAACGCUUGUGGUCUCACAGUCUAAACUCGCAGAUCCUAGAACCACAUAUGAUAUAGAGUUAUUAAAUGAACAUGAAGCAACGUCUCUGUUCUGUCUCUCUGCUUUCAACCAGAAAUCAGUCCCUUCAGGGUUCAGCAAAAGUUUGGUCAAGCAGGUUGUUGGGGAGUGUAAAGGUCUACCUUUGUCUCUGAAAGUCAUUGGCGCUUCAUUAAAAGAUCAACCUGAAAAUUACUGGGAAGGUGCAGUGGAGAGGUUAUCAAGAGGUAAACCUGUUGACGAAAUUCAUGAGAGUAAAGUGUUUGCUCAAAUCGAAGCAACUCUAGAAAAUCUCGAUCCUAAAAGCAAAGAGUGUUUCUUGGAUAUGGGUGCUUUCCCUGAAGGCAAGAAAAUCCCUGUUGAUGUUCUCAUCAACAUGUUGGUCGAGAUACAUGAUCUCGAGACCGCAACUGCCUUUGAUGUUCUUGUUGAUUUAGCAAACAGGAAUCUCCUUACUCUCGUGAAAGAUCCAACGUAUGUCGCUAUGCACACUAGCUACUAUGAUAUGUUUGUGACGCAGCACGAUGUUUUAAGAGAUGUAGCACUUCAUCUUACCAAUCGUGGGGAAGUAAAAGAAAUGACUGAGAUGGACUGGUUUGACAUGGAUUUCCCCAAGGCAGAAGUUCUGAUAUUAAACUUUUCUUCAGACAACUAUGUAUUGCCUCCUUUCAUUGCUAAGAUGGGAAUGCUUAGGGUGUUCGUGAUUAUCAACAACGGUAUCUCUCCAGCGCAUCUACAUGACUUCCCCAUCUCUACCGAUUUGACCAAUCUCAGGAGUCUCUGGCUUGAGAGGGUCCAUGUCCCUGAACUCUCUAGCAGUAUGAUACCCUUGAAGAACCUCCGCAAGCUAUAUCUGAUUAUCUGCAAGAUCAAUAGCAGUUUUGAUCAAACAGCUGUAGACAUUGCCCAAAUCUUCCCACAAUUGACUGGUCUCACAAUAGAUUAUUGCGAUGAUCUUGUGGAACUACCUUCGACCAUCUAUGGAAUCACCUCUCUCAACUCCAUCAGCAUAACAAAUUGUCCCAACAUCAAGGAAUUGCCUAGGAAUAUAAGUAAGCUAAAAGCCCUUCAACUUUUGAGGCUAUACGCUUGCCCAGAGCUAAAAUCUCUGCCUGUAGAAAUCUGUGAAUUGCCAAGACUAGUGUACGUCGACAUCUCUCACUGUCUCAGCCUAAGCUUUCUUCCGGAAAAGAUAGGAAAGGUAAAGACACUUGAGAAAAUCGACAUGAGAGAAUGUAGCUUAUCAAGCAUACCGAGUUCUGCAGUUUCAUUGACUUCUCUACGCCAUGUAGCAUGCUACAGAGAGGCUUUGUGGAUGUGGGAAGAGGUUGAGAAGGCAGUUCCAGGACUUCGUGUUGAAGCUACUGAAAAAUGGUUCAACAUGAAUUGGCCCGACGAGUAGGUUCUUAAUUCUCCCUCCGAGCUUUUGAAAUAGCAUGUUGCAGUGUGUAAUACAUGCUUUGUUUUUAUAACUUUAGUAAAUUUUAUUGUAGUUAUAUGUAAAUACUAUUUUGAAUUUGAUUCGAAUAAAUUGUGAGUGUAAGU